UCCUGACGGCGCAGAGACGCGGACGCGCUCAUCACGGGGACAGUCAGGACCCGCGCUCUGGGAUCCCGGUUUUCUUUUUGUGUGUGUGAUCUUCUUCUUCUUCUUCUUUUUCUUUCCUUCUGGCUUCUCCCUUCCAACCCCCCAUACAAGCCGCUUUGACAGCAAUGAAGGAACUCGCCUGUUUGGGAUAAUUUUAAUAAUGGUUCGCUUCAAACGUCCACUGGCACCGCGCUGGAGCCACAGCUGAGCUUUCAUUCAUUAAGUCCGACUGGAUUCUCGCGGCGUGAUGGAUACAAAUGAGUUCGCAUUGCUGAAACUUUUUCUUGUUGGGCUUUUGGUGAAUGCCUGGAUGAUGAGAGGGUUGUCAGCCACUGACAGCUUCAACAUAGAGCCAACUUCUCCCCAGCCGAAGAAGGUCUGCAAUGAGUCCCGUCUGCAGUGGGAGAUGGAGGUGUGUGGAGAGGACUUCAAGCGGAAGAUGGCUCACAUAGACCAACAGUACUGGUGUAACCUCACACACUUCAUCAGAGAGUACCACUUCUUCACCUUCUGCACGGAGGAAAAGUCCCAAAUCCUGGACUGCUACUGGCCCAACCCACUAGUGGAGAGCUACAUCAUCCGCAUACACAAGCACUUUUUCUCCAACUGCACCAUGGAGCCGGUGAUAUGGGUCGAUCCGCCGGACGAUACGUUAACCAUCCUCAUCCUCAUCCCCGUUUUUCUCACCUUGGCCAUGAUUGCAUUGGUGGUCUGGUGCAGCAAGAGGAGUGAUAUCCUGGCUUAGGUCACGAAGAUGCAAGAAAAAGAAGAGAAGGACUAAGUCUGAGGCUCCAAUCUCUGAAAUACUAAACACAACGAAGGAGGGAACAGACUACUGUUACCGUUGGAUCAAAUUAUCCCAUAGGUUGUGCCACAGAUCCUCCAAACUUCUUGUAAAAAUGAAGAAAGUAAAGCCUGGUUGUACAAAGUAGCAUAUUUCUUAAAAUUUUAAUAUACUGUGUGUAAUUUUUUAAAUUUUGGAUGUUGACCUGUUACCACUCAGUGUGUUGAACGGUUCCACAGGUCUUUUUAGGACAGAAUUUGACUUUAUAAUGUACAGUAGAAUUCUGGGGAAGCAUGUUUGCUUGCUUUCUUGAAGACAGAUGACAAGAUGGUACCGCUCUCAUGUCUUUACAGUAAAUAUGAAGCUACAGUCAGCAACUGGUUAACUUAGCUUAGCGUGAAGACAGAAAACAGCCUGGCUUUGACCGUCUACUGCAUCAGCACUUCUAAAACCCAUAAUUAAUUUUGACAGAAUCUUCUUCUCACAAAGUAUUAUGAUACAUAAAAACAACAAAACCCCACCUUGUUGCUUGUCUUUGCUUGGAUCAAACCAGCAGCAUCAACUGUUUUAAUUGGUGAGUUUAAUGUGCUUCAUACAGUAGGUGGUUUUGGUUACCUUUGGAGACGUCCAUGCUGGCUGUCUCCCUGUGUUUUCAAUCUUUAUGCCAAACAUACCAGCUGCUGUCUGUAGCUUCUUAUGUAGGAUAGUCAACUCGUCUAAUUCUUGAGAAAAUGAAUAAGCAUAUUUCCCGUAAUGUUGAAAUGUUCCUUUGAGAAUUUUGGUUGUUUAAUGUGUCAUCACUUAUUGGGUAAUUUGACCAAUGGGACGAUUGACCAAAUCUUGGAUGCAUUCCUUAAAGCUCAUGGAUCCAGACUUUUGACCUCGAGAGAUUCUUGUCAGAGCACUGUAUCACUGCUGAAGGCCAAAGUAUCCACCAAGCAUCAAAGUCAGCGACUGACCUCUAAACCACUGGGAAAUAAGACUCCCUGAAGGCACGGUUGGUAAAUAUUUUAACAUGGAACUGCAUGCUUGCUUGAAAGGAUGGCAAAGAAGCCAAAUUCAGACUUAAUAUUGUUUCAAGGAAUAUAAAGUUUCGUCUUACUGUUGAGUCACUGAAUGGACUUUAACCACUGGAAAGGAUACACUGCCCAAAGACAAGGCAACACUAUGAUUCAUGUAUUUUGGGACUUGAAUUUCUUGUGUGACUACCUGAGCCCCAAUGGACUGUUUUAUUACAGCGUAACUUAUCUAUUAUUGUUGAAUAAAAUACUGUUAAUACUCACAAAGAGGGGUUCUCAAUGGAAUCUAAAAAAUAAUGAACUGAUAUUGAGGCCUCGUACUGUACAGUUACGUUUUCUGUCUGUGCUGUCUACUGUAACUGCAUUGUCUCUUCAGUGUUACUCAGACCAGUGAGGAAUACACACUGACGCUUUGAAAUUAAUUUCUUUUGGAGAAAGCUUUGAUUUAAUGUACGCACUUCAUCGGUUCUUUGAACAGUGUCCACCAACCACAAGCCAAACUAAACCAAGCACUGCUUUUUUUUGUUUUUCCUUUCCUCCAAAGCAACAUCAAUCUUUGUUUCUCAGCUCUCACAUACAUGCUAUGUGUCACUAAAACUGCUGUCCAUGGAAACUGAAACUCCUCAAAAGAAGUACCUUGAUUAAAUCUCAACUGUCUCUUAAAAUGUUUGAUUGCUCUUUCAUUAUUUUAAAAAAGUGAUCACACCUUUUGACCCAGCAUUUGUGAUGUGAUGUGUCUUAUAUCUACAGAUUUAUGCCUAUAAUGUUGUCCAAACUGCCAGGUAUCUGCUGUCAGUUGCCUUCUCUUCCUUCAGGGCCAUUUAAAAAAUAAGCCUACCUGUUUUUAGUCACUUAAUAUAUAAUGUGUGAAGUGUAUUUAUUGAUUUAAUUAAGCAAAUAUGCCUAAUAUAAUUUAAACAACAGCAAAAUCCUGCAAAAAUACAUAAAUGGGAUUGCUUCAGCUUCUCAUAUCUGUUUUAAUAAUCUCUCUAUAUAGUAGUUUUCUUUUUUAGUGGCACAGUCAGCCAUUACAGUGCAGAUGUACAGCAAAGUGCAGCUGUAGACCUUUAACGAUGUUUAGGCUACUUAAACUCAUUCUGGUAUUGUUUCCAGUAACUGCUAUGUACCAGUUGCUCCUCCUUUCGAAAUAUGACUAAACUUUGCUUUUAGUUUUCUGCUGAGGACUCAUUAGAUUUGGUGUGUUUAAAGUCCUUUUCGGUCAGAAUAUGCAGCAAGAUUUUUACAUUGACUUUCUUCAUGGCUUUAUUCAGACAUACUUGCAACAGUCCUCAUUAUGUGCACCAUCAAGUGAUGUAUAAUACAUAGCAAUGCACUAAUAAACAAAAGACAAAACCAAAAUUAAUGGUAAUGAUUUUCAAAACACUAAAACUACGUUGUGUGAUGAUAUAACUAUUGCUUUACUAACAUUGGUAGCAGCUGUGAUGGAGCUCAGGACUCUGCAAGACAACCUGAGGAUGACCACUAUGUAAAAAAAAAAGAAAAAAAAAAAGAGCUCAACUGUCUCUGGUGAAGUAAGGUACACAGUGGGACUUGCCAUUAGAUCUUGAUCAAUCCUGUCUCCAUGUCAGGGACAAUUUAUAUUUCUAAGUAAUUAAUAAAGUUACUGCUGUUGUU